GGCACACGCUGGUGUCCGCGUUUCGCCGUGAACUGCAUAUAUUCGCGUUGUUCGGCAAAAAUUACUAAAAUUUUCAACGCGCCUAAUUUCAGAAAAGUUGAAAUUAAUCAUAGACUUAGAAUUUUACUACCCUACAUCACGCCAAUGCCCGCGCUCUAGGACAGCGAAAAAUUCAUUUCAGCCAAGCGGAAAAGGCACAGGCAAAACAGCCACCGACCAUGGACGUGUCCCAGCCACCGCCACAGCUCCUCACCGCGCCAUCGGCGCUGGCCACCAACUUCACAUCGCUCCCGCCCCCGAACAUGGGCGGCCAGCACUACCGGCACUACCAUCCACACCACGGGUCCAACAAACACUACAACCAGUUCAAGCCCUUUAUGCCCGGUGGCUUCCAGCGACCCUUCGGGAUGUCCCAGGACGACUUCGACGGCAAGCGGUUGCGCAAGAGUGUGAUGCGGAAGACUGUCGACUACAACGCGUCCAUCAUCAAGGCGCUCGAGAACCGCCUGUUCCAGCGUGAUCAUCGGGACCGCUUGGCCCUACAGCCAGACAGCAUAUACGUGCCACAUAUGCUGCCGCCUUCGGCUUACCUGGACAAUCCCUCGAACGCAGUUACCACGAGGUUUGUGAAGACGGCCACUAACAAGAUGCGCUGUCCAAUUUUCACGUUGGCCUGGACGCCGGAGGGCAGACGUUUGGUCACUGGGGCCAGUUCUGGCGAAUUUACCCUCUGGAACGGCUUGACCUUCAACUUCGAGACCAUUCUGCAGGCCCACGACAUUUCGGUGCGAACGAUGGUGUGGUCGCACAACGACAGCUGGAUGGUGACCGGCGAUCAUGGCGGCUAUGUUAAGUACUGGCAGUCCAACAUGAACAACGUGAAGAUGUACCAGGCGCACAAGGAGGCGAUUAGGGGAAUAAGUUUCAGUCCCACGGACAGCAAGUUUGUCAGCGGCAGCGACGACGGAACCCUGAGGAUAUGGGACUUUAUGCGGUGCCAGGAGGAGCGAGUUUUACGAGGCCACGGAGCGGACGUGAAGUGUGUGCACUGGCAUCCCCAUAAGGGAAUGAUCGUCAGCGGGAGUAAGGACAACCAGCAACCCAUCAAAAUCUGGGAUCCCAAGAGCGGCAUUGCCUUAGCCACGCUACAUGCCCACAAAUCCACCGUAAUGGAUCUGAAGUGGAAUGACAAUGGCAACUGGCUAGUCACCGCGUCCAGGGAUCACCUGCUCAAGCUCUUCGACAUUCGCAACCUGCGUGAGGAGGUGCAGGUCUUCCGUGGCCACAAAAAGGAGGCCAGCUCUGUAUCCUGGCAUCCCAUACACGAGGGUCUCUUUUGCUCUGGCGGCUCCGAUGGCUCCAUUUUGUUCUGGAAUGUUGGUACCGAUAAGGAGAUUGGCUGUGUAGAGACGGCACAUGACAGCAUUGUGUGGACCCUGGCCUGGCAUCCGCUGGGUCACAUUCUGUGCUCAGGCUCCAACGAUCACACCAUUAAGUUCUGGACGAGAAACAGGCCGGGAGAUCUGAUGAGAGACAAAUACAAUCUGAACACCUUGCCCGCCAGCUUGGCUGCUCUGGACGAAUGUGAAUAUGAUGAUGCCAUUAUACCAGGAAUGGGACCCGAAGACCGGGUUGAGUUCACAGAAAGUUUAACUGCCGACAAGGGCUUUAUUCCUGGACUGGACUUGGACCCAAGCAAAGCUCUGAACGACCGCGACAGGGAGAAGAAGGUCCCCUACAGCAAGCCCAUUCCUCGCAACUUCCAGGUGAACUGGGCGGGUCCCCGGAGAGCGGACGAUCCCAGCGUGCUCAGCAUCCACGAAGAGCUGGCCGCCCGCGAGGCCAAGGACUCGACAAGCGGGCUGAAUCACCAGCAGAUCAGCGAAAACACAAUGGAGGGAAUCCUGGCUAGCGGCAUGCUCAAUGGCCUCGAUCCUCAAACUAUUGUCGGAGUCCUUGUGUACAAUCGGUUUAUUCGAGUCCACCCGGACUCUCGCCUGAUGGCCGCUAUUCGUCAGGGAACCGAGUUCCUCAACAAGUACAUUGACGCCGGAAAGCUGGAGGAGCUCAAUGACGUGGUCCCAGUAAGGGAUCGCUCCAGAUCCGUUUCGCCUACGGUGGAGGCACGUGGGGAGGUGGUUUCUCCACCUACCAAGAAGUCCCGCUUUGAACCUCGGCAGCAUAACGCUCAAUUGGUGUGUGUUCGAGAACUGCUGCAACUGAAGAAGCCCUUCCUGCAAUCGCUGGUUGCGGCGAAAGCCCAGCAACCCAACACGGAGUUCGUGGACGAACCCCCUCUGGAGCAAAGGGAAAGGGAGCGCGAACGGGAACGAGAUGGCGAUCGCGACAGGGAGAGGGAUCGCGGCCGCGAACGGGAGAGAGACCAGUCAGGGGGCCGGCCCAAUCCCUGGGCUUCCAAUGCCCCCUGGUCGAAUAAUGGCAACUCUGGGGGCAAUGGAUCUAAUGGCUUUACCAACAAUGGCGCAGAUAACUUCAACGAUCGGGACCGAGAGUUCCAAAAGGGCGGAAAUAACGGAGGAGGUGGCCAACGUCGCCGUCGUGGCAACAAUAAUUCCGGUUCUGGUGGCGGCGGAGGUGGAGGAGGCGCUGGCGGCGGUGGUGGCGGCAGCGGCAGAAAUCGCGGUCGCAACAAUAACAGGCGCUACUAAUCGCUAACCCACCAGCGCACCCAUUUACACAUUCUUCAGUUAUAAGCCACUUUCUGUCGUUGACUCAAUCUCGUUUGCAACAUUUGCUUUUUAAUGCUAAAAUCAAUUUAUAUUGUAUAAAAAAGAAAAUCGGAUUGUAAUAUAGUAAA